CGGGCUCAAGCAAAACAUGACUAGAAAAAACAACGCCCUGGGGUUUGAAGUACACCAGCAACCUGGCGCGAACAAAAGGUUAUUUUGGAGAUGUGACUGUUGCUAAUAUUUGCCACUAGUCCAUGAUGACCUCAGAUCAGCAAAAGUCAGAAGAUUUAGGCCCAUCAGCACCUUGUGCCCGUUGGCCGGUGGACCUCAAGUUGACUCACUUGGACUGGAACCCUGAAACAACUCUGAUACACUUCCAGGGGCAAUACGUCAACAUAUGUGAACUGGACUACAACAUCCUGCAGAAAGAGAUUCAGACUGUACCAAAGAGUGAAGCUGAGGUAGAUAUUGGAGAGUUUGUCCUCGUAGAAGAUUUGACUUCAGCUCACUGGUUCAGAGGAAGAGUUCAGAACCGAAAGGAGAACCAGUUUGAUGUGUUCCUUGUAGAUCAUGGUAAUGUUUUAAGUGUCGACAUCGCCCACAUAUCUUUGUGCUCAAGCGACCUGUUGAUCCUGCCGCCAAAAAUAGUUUGUGGCUUUCUUUCAAAUGUGCUACUUCUACAGACUUGCUGUCACUCGGUGGUGGGGGAGUUUUUGUUAAGCCUUGUUGGCAGAAGUGUCAAAGGUUUCAUUAAAGCAGUCCUUCCUCACAGUGUCAUCUUACUGGAAGCUCCAGACAUCAAUAGUGACCUUGUUAAACAUGGCUUUGGGAGGCACGUGGACACAAAUACCUUCCUCUUCUUGGCUGAGAUGCUCACAGAGGUGCCACUCAAACAAAACAUAGAGCCAGGUCUUGACUUACCAAUUGAAAUACCAUCAGGGCAAAAGUUAAAAUCAUCUAACUUGAAUGGAUAUCGAGAGUUUUUGUCUUUUUGUGGGCCUCAGUUGAGAUGUGGGACACGUGCCAAAGUGCGAAUAACUGGUGCUUUCAGUCCUGGGCUGUUUUAUUGUCAGAUGACCAGUGUGAAGAAUGAUCUCUGGCACAUGUCAAAGAAGUUGGCAGAAAUUUGUGAGUACAGAACCGAAAAACAUGAUCAAAAGACUUCUGAGAACUUGGGUCAGCUGUGUGCGGUCAAAGGAAAAGAUGGGAAAUGGAACAGAGGCUUUCUUCAGUUCCUCCCAGUCAACUCUGAAGUAAGAGUUUUGUUAAUUGACUACGGAUUCUAUGAAUCUGUACAUGUUGAGAACAUCCACAAGUUGCCACCAGAUUGUUAUUCAGCACCCAUGGCGUUCCCAUGCGUUCUCCCUUCCCUGAUUGAUCAGGACACAGCACUCAAAACUAAGCAGCUGAGUCUCCUCAAGGCAGGCUUUCUUGGAGGAGUGUUGGAUGUGGAAGUUAUAAGUUUUGAUAAAGAAUGGCAUCUUCACACCAUCACCCUAAUUUGUGCUGAAGAUAAACAUGUGGAAGAACCACAGCCCAUCCAAAAGCUUCCCACUAAGCCAGUUUUUGAUGUUGUAAAAGCAACACCUCAGGGUGGCUAUGCGUACCAUGAGACAGUCAUGGCUGAAGCACUGGCAAACGCAGUGAAAGCAGAGCAAGUCCAGGUUGGCUCAGUCUUUAUGGGCUACGUUGAGUAUGCUCAGAAUCCAAACCAUUUCUGGAUCCGAACUCAGAAACGCAAUGAUGAGUUUGAGGAAAUGAUGGAAAAAAUGGCAGAUCACUUCAGUCACGUGAAGCUGGAUGAAGACAUUCUGCUGAAUCAAGAGGUUGGGGCAAAGUGCUGUGCACUUUAUGAGAAAGACAUGCAUUUCUACAGGGGUGUGGUGACGGACACACUCAAGCAUGGAGCUGAAGUUCUUUAUAUUGACUUUGGAAACAUUGAAAAAGUGCCACACAUGUUGGUCAAGAACAUACCUGAGACAUUUGCCAGCACAUCACAGUUUGCCAUUUGUUGUACUCUUGCUAAGGUUUUUCCUUUGGAUGACAUCUGGCCCAGCGACACCAGUGACUUAUUCAGAAAAGCUGUGUCAAACAAAGCCUUGCAAGUCCAUGUUGUCCAAGUGAGGAAAACCAAACUUGUUGUUGACCUCGUUGAGGUGGGAAGUGAUAACAGCAUUGCUGAGCUCAUGAGUUCAUCCAACCUAGCUGAAUACAUUCCCGUAGAUCACAAAGUGCAAAAUAAAGAUCUUACAGAAAAAACAAGGUGCCUGCAACACAGUGUGGAUGUAUGUAGAAAGCCAGAGCAAUGGGAUAAAUGUCAGCAGGACGAGAACUUGUCUAAAAAUGAAAUCAGCAAAGUCAAAGCUACUGCUAGCUUCAAAACUUUAAGUAUCAAGCCUGGAUCUGAGUUUCCUGUACGCUGUUCAUACAUCAGCUCUCCGUCAGAUUUCUGGUGCCAACCUCUAGAUCAAGCUCCAAAGUUGGAGAAGCUGAUGGUUGAGCUCCAGCAAUACUACUCAGCUCACACAGUUCCCCUCCAGCCAGGUGAUUUGUGCUGCGUUGCCAAGUCGCCUCAAGAUGGAAGAUGGUACAGAGGCUUUAUUAUUGGAAAAGUGAAGAGUCAUGCCACCGUAAUGCUGGUUGACUUUGGCUCUACCAUCCAAGUCAGAGAGCACAGUCUUCAGGCAGUAUUGCCAGAACAUUUAUGUUUAGAAGAACAAGCUUUCAGGUGCAGCCUUUUCAAUCUGACCAAACCUGCAGAUCCUGAGGACUGUGGGGAUUGGAAUCCAGAAGCAUGCGACUUGGUGACAGAUUUUGUCUUGAACAGCGCAGACAGUCUAAUGUGUAAAGUUAUGUCUCAGUUGAAUGUAAAAAACUACGGGCUGUGCAAUGUUAUUUAUCUCUACAACACCAAAACACAGCAGAGCGCAAUGGAUACGUUCAUCAAACAGGGGCUUGCAGUAACAAAACAGUCAGAAGUGUCUCCAGAGUCUUUUGUUCCCUUUUCAUUUGAUCUAAGCUCUGGAAACGAAGAACAAGUCUUUGUCACCCACAUUAGCAGUCAGUGUGAGGUCUACUGCCAGCUUGAGAGGAACACUGAAAUCAUUGAAGAACUUGAAGGGAAAAUCUCAGAAGAGUUGGAAAAAAUUCUGCAACCCAAUACUGGUGCUGUCAUGAAGAAGCUCUGCCUGGCAAAAUACUUAGAUGGCAAAUGGUACAGGGCCUUGGCACUGCCCACUCAGUCACCCCUGCACCUCAGUGUGUUUUUUGUGGAUUAUGGCAACACAUUCAUAUCUGAGAUAAACCAAGUCCGGUUCAUUCCCAGGGAUUGUGUGGAUUUGUUGUGUACGCCAAUGCAGGCUGUGAGAUGUAACCUCACUUUAGUGCCCACGGAGGAGCUCUAUGCAGCUGCCAAAGAAUGGCUUAAUAACACGAUCCUCAACAAGGUGAUGAGAGCCGUUGUACGGGGAAAGAGAGAAGAUGGGUCAUUUGAUGUCGAGCUGUAUGAUGGAGAGAUUAACAUCAAUGAAAAGCUACAAGAGCUCAUUAUCAGUUUUUCUCCCAAACCAAAGGCUCUUGUCAGUUGUGUUAAAAGCAACUUGAGGACUAAACAAACAACACAGCAAACAAACAAACAAAAGAUAUUCAAAUGCAAGAAUGUACCCAAAGGGCAGUCGUCAACUUCUGCAACCAGUCCCCAUGGAGGCAACAAAAACAAAAAGACAAAAAAGCUGUUUUUUAACAAGAACAAAAGAAAGGAACCACAAAAUGAGAACAACACUAAGUGUUCCUCCCCUGUCAAGCCUCAGAUACAAGUACAGCCACAAAGAGAGUGUCGGCAUGAAAAGUCAAAGAAGUCAUGGCCCACUGAGGAAAGAGAGAUGCCAAAGGCUUCAUGUUUGCUCAACAAAAACUUGACAGCAGGCUUCAGGACGAAAUGUUUCACGUCCCACAUUGACUCUGUGAACAGCUUUUUCCUGCAGCUGUCAGAGGAUGAACCCGCCAUCUUGAAAAUGGGUGAAGACCUCAAUUCUGCCAUCUUCUGCAAUUCUCUGAAGAAAGUUACAUCUUCAAGAAUUGAUGAUGCUGUUUUGGCUGAGUUUGAGGACGAUGGUGCUCUGUAUCGGUCAGUUGUGAAGACUCUGGAAAGCAGUUCCUGUUUCAAAGUAGAGUUUGUGGACUAUGGGAACUUGGCAGUUGUGGGGAAGGAAAAGAUCUAUCAUUUACCAAAAGAGUAUCAUUCUCAGCCGAGAUUCAGUAUACCAUGCUCGUUGUUGGACACAAGCUUAUACCAAAACAGUGCUUCUUUCAUUGAUGCUGUGACGGAAAGGCCACUCAUGGUUGACUUUGUUCGUCAGUGCGGGAUUCAGUGGAAAGUCAAGCUUGAGAUUCUUGAUCAAGAGGUUGGACUUGAUACCACGCUUGAAAAAAGCCUUUUAACUGAAAACAAAGAGGAAACUUCCCAAAGUUUGCCUGAAUCCGAAGAGAAGAUAAGAUCCCUCGCACUGAAUGAAAAGUCCACAAAAACGUCUACCGUUGAAGUUCCCAGACCUGCCACCAUGUCAGCAAAACUGAAGGUAAAAACUAUCAGACUCCUAAGACGACAGUGCACCGGCAACAAGAGUCACAGAAAAAGGAAAAAAUCUUUCAAAACUACACAUUUUCUGGACUCAUUCUUACCUCCCACUAUUCAAUCAAGAGACACAGAGAAUGCAACAAUUCUUUCGGUCCAGAGUGAUGGCAGUUUUUACAUCAGACUUACUCGUACUUCUGACUUGCUUAUGGACUUGGAAACAUUCAUAUCUGACAACAUAUGCAAGUACAAGGCAGUUUCUUUAAAGGAUGUCAGACAAGGCCUGAAAUGCUUAGUUCAGGUACAGGACAAAAUGUGGCAAAGAGCCAUUGUUCUACAUAAAAAUAAAGAAAACUCCAAAGUCUUCCUUGUGGAUCACGGAAUAACAAAAGACAUUCCAAGUGGCUCAAUCCGACAGCAAUGUAAAGACAUGAAGAAGUUCCCGAACUUUGCAAUGCUGUGCAAGAUUAACAGUCUUGGGUUCGAUGGGGGAGAAGAUGCCCACAAAUACUGGUGUGAAAAUCUCAAACCAAUAAUAGGCACAGAAGUCAGGCUGAUAUUUAUAUUUCACUCUGAGACCGAUAACCUUUGGAUGGUUGAAAUAAUCUUGGAUGAACUAUUCCUCACCCGUCAAAUCAAAGCCUCACUGCAGCAAAAGAAGAUCCUGUCACCUGCUGAAACCAAACCCACCUCAGAUACAUGCGCUCCUCAGCGACUCACCUUUGCUCCUCUUGAUCCAGACAGAGAAUAUUCUGGUUUUGCUGCCGCGGUUACAACUCCCUUCAAGUUCUGUGUUAUUGUGGAAGAUUUGCUUCCCAUCAAGAAUAAAGUGUCCAUCAUGUUGGACAGCCUGCUGAGAGAAACGUCUCCUCUUCUUGAAUCCCACCUGGUUCCCGGAACCUGCUGUUUGUUGAAGUCAGACUCUAUGAACAAGUGGUGCAGAGCUGAAAUUAUUUGUGUCAACACCACAGUCAGACUAAAGCUUGUGGAUCACGGCCAACAUGAAUGUGUGCCGUACUGCGACUUCUCAAAUCUGAAGACGCUUCCAUUAGAGCUUGUAAACCUCCCAAAAGUGACUUGCCCCUGCAUCCUGAGAGGGGUGAAGCCAGUCGGCGUUGACCGACAGUGGACUGAUGAAGCAGCAGUCUUCUUCCAGCAGCUUUUGUACCAGAAGAAACUCAGGAUCUUCUUCAGAGAUUUUGUGUCCAACUCGCACUGGAAGGUGGACAUUCUUGCAGAUGGAGUCCAUGUUGCCAAAGAGCUGGUGGAUGCUGGACACGCGGACUAUAUGGAUAUCCUUCUAGGACUCAGGUUCCAGGUGGAAAGUUCCUGUAAACCUCUUCAAGGUCCUGACAGUGAGGAAGAGGAAUCCUCUGAAGGGUCCCUGAUGUGAAGGCAGCUUCUUCGAUCUUUUCAGCAGUGACCAUGUGAAUCAGUCUAAGAUUUAGUGAAAUGAGAUGCCAUGUACUAUUAAUAUAAAUCACAAUUUUACCAUAUUUUUUGUAUUUUGGGUGUGUGUUGAAAUGUUGAGUGAAUUCUACCAUUUUAUUUUAGUUCAGAGUUCAAACUUUUUGCAAGGCCUAAAUGUAAUCCUGUUGUUGAAGUAUAUAUUA